CUCACUCACUCACUCACUCACUCAGGUUGCUUGGGACUUUCCCCUCCCUCCGCCAUAAGACUGAUUUCCUUUUUGCCCAACAACUUCAGGAAGAUCAGCGUCUCCAGUCUACUCUGCAGUCAUUUCAACUUUCUGACGGUGUUUACACAGCCAUGCCGUCAGUAAACCGGCUGUAUGUGUUUCUUUUGUUUACCGUGGCUUCGACCUUCGCCUCUGCUGACAAGAUGACAGCAGCCACGGUGUACUGGGACCCCGAACACAAGAUGGUCUUGCUGAAGGAGGGGGUGCUGGAGACCGAGGGGGGUGCGUACGGGUAUCUGAAUGACACCCUGUCCACCUCAGGCUGGAGCAUCCUGGAGAUCCGUGCCGGGUACGGGAAGACCCCUGAAACCGAUGAGGUGACCUUCUUCCUGGCCGGCUACCUGGAGGGCUACCUGACGGCCCAGCAGAUGAUGGACCACUACACCAACAUGUAUCCGCAGCUGAUCCACGACCCAAAGAUCCUCGAGCCAGUUCAGAGUUUCAUGUCGAAGCAGGACUCGUGGACCAGAGAGCAGGUGAAACUGAACAAGAGCUCUGAUCCUCUGUGGAGACACGCCGGCUUCAUCGUGGCUCAGAUGGAUGGACUGCAAGCAGGAGUCGCAGAAUGGGCCAAGAAACAAGGGAAAAAGCCGCUGUCCCUGUUUGCGAUCCAGUUCCUGAAUGCGGUGGGGGACCUCCUGGAUCUGAUCCCAGCUCUGCACCGCUCCUCCAACCCUCCGCUCAUGAACUACAAACUCCCAGGGAUGGGACACUGCUCUGCUCUCAUCAAGAUGUUGCCUGGCUUUGAGAAUCUCCUGUUUGCCCACUCCAGCUGGUACACUUACGCUGCCACAAUGCGGAUCUACAAACACUGGGAUUUCCACAUCACUGAGCCCCACACAGCCACUGGGAAACUGUCCUUCAGCAGCUACCCUGGUUUCCUCGUGUCUCUCGAUGACUUCUACCUCCUGGGCAGUGGUCUGAUGAUGACCCAGACCACCAACAAUGUCUUUAACUCUUCCCUGUUUGACUCGAUCACUCCUAACAGCCUGUUUGCAUGGCAGAGGGUCAGGCUGGCUCACAGUUUGGCACAUACCGGAGAGGAGUGGGCCAAAACCUUCUCCAUGUACAACUCUGGUACCUACAACAACCAGUACAUGGUGUUGGACAGGAGCAAGGUGAAGCUGGGCCGCAGUGUUGAAGACGGAGCUCUGACGGUGGUGGAGCAGAUCCCCGGGCUGGUGGAGUAUUCUGACCAAUCACAGGCUCUGCGCAGAGGUUACUGGCCCUCCUACAACGUUCCUUUCCACCAGAAGAUCUACAAGAUGAGUGGGUACGGAGAGAUGUGGGAGGAGUACGGAGAAGACUUCUCGUACGAUCUCUGUCCCAGAGCCAAGAUCUUCCGCCGUGACCAUGCUGAUGUUAAAGACAUGGACUCCUUGAAGCACAUCAUGAGGUCUAAUGACUACAAGAAGGAUCCAUACUCUAAGGGGGAUCCAUGCAAGACCAUCUGCUGCCGUGGCGACCUGAGUGCAGAGAAUCCUUCACCAGGAGGAUGCUACGACACUAAGGUGACAGAUUUCCACAUGGCUGGAGAGUUUGUUGCGGAGGCGGUGAACGGGCCGACGACAGAGGACGGACUCCCGCCGUUUGAAUGGGAUAAAUUCAGCAGCAUGAGCCACCAGGGUCUGCCGCAGUUCUACAACUUCACCUUCGUCAGGAUGCGGCCUCUUAUCUUCAGGCCAUGAGGUGUGUGUGUGUGUGUGCGUGUGCGUGUGUGUGUGUGUGGCCUAGCAUUACUAUACUUGUGGGGACCUAAAUCUGUUUAUACAGUCACGUGUGGGGACUCGCCUCCCUUAUGGGGACAAAUUGGAGGUCCCCAUGAGGGGAAUCAUUAAUUUUAGGGUGAAGACUUGGUUAGGUUUAGGGUAAGGGUUAGGGUACCUGCAGCCAUUUGUGCCUUAAACACUGAGUUACUUGAUGAUUUUAUAAAUGGCAAAAUCAAUGCACUAAAUCAGUGGUUAUCUGUAACCCUUUUUUUAAAUGCUUAAAUGUCUGUUAUGUGCCAACACUAUCGUUACUAUGGUAAAUUAAUCACUCAAUGUUAUUCUCAGGGCUGGUGAUCUGCUUUAGUGUUGUCACGAUACCAACAUUUUGGUUUCCAUACCGAUACCAAGUCAAGAAUUGCGAUUCCGAUUAUUUUUCGAUACUUUUCUAAAAAAAAGGGAAACAAUGUAAAUGUAAUUAUUGUGCUUUAUUUCACACCAGAACCAUAACACAAACUUUUAAACAAUGAGAACAAUAAACAAAAUAAAUGACAAGA